CGACGUCACGCAAGCAACACAGAACAAAUCCCUCACCUCAACAAGAAGCUUCGCUAUCCCCGGCUCUCGCGAAGAGUGGCCUUCAUCCAGAACGAUUUAAAGUGUCAGUUCGGGGAAUACUUUUUUCAAGUUGAAGGCGUAUGCCGUUGUUGUCUGUUAUCAUUUUGGUUAUCAUUUCAACAUGAGAAACGAAGUUUCAUAUUAUCGAGGUUCGACUUCACAUCAUAUCGAAGUCUGUCUAGGAGAGACUAGGAUCAUGUCGUGCCGGUCCGAUUCGGGUAUUGGAGCGAUAAAAAGGACCAGGCUUCUGAGAAGAGAUGGGAGGCACCUUCUUGGCACAGUGGGAUCUGUACCUCUGGCGGGUCCACCUGAUGUGAUGUUGGAAGCUGAUUCUGGCAGCGGUUUAGCGAGGAAACAGACCGUGCAAGAAGACCAACCGACUACCGAAUGUCAUGGGGAGAUAGUGCAACGGCCUAUAGAAAUCGGGUUGGUAGAUAACUUGAAAGUUAGAGGUGGAAAUUAGUAGCGGCCUGCAGACUCGGACAAGGGGUAGCGUACUAGUGGCACCAUCCUGAGGGCAAACGUCGUGGUAUUGAGGGACCCGCCGCUUGUCUAUGUUGCUCGCCCUUCAUGAAAUAUUAGUGGCA